GAUGUUGGCCCCGUGGCCCCGCCGCCGCCGCCUCCCGCGCCCUCCACCACCGCCGGGGCCUCACACGAACAUUUCUCGACACAUUUUAAUUCAUUGGAAGGAGGAAGGCGGCGGGGGAGAGGCGGGAGCCCCCGUGACACACACACGCCCGGCCCGGGUCUCCCAGACGGGAGAAGUUGACCUUCUCUACCACCCCCCGGUGUGGCUGGCCUGCUGGGGCUCUAGCUCCUGGGCCCCAGCCUCCACCUCCUGGUCCAGCUGGCUUAAUGACAAACAGCAAGAGCAGCAGGGUGAGGAAGAAGGAAAAGAGCAGCAAGAUGUGUCACCGGACAUGUUGAUUAAACAUCCUCUCCAAAACACUUGGACACUCUGGUUUUUCAAGAUCGAGAACAAUAGAACUUGGGAAGACUGUCAGAUGGAAAUUGCUAGCUUCAAUACAGUUGAGGACUUUUGGGCGUUGUACAAUCACAUUGAGCCUGCUUCUCGGUUGAAAGUGGGGUGUGACUACUCCAUGUUUAAGCAGGGUGUCAAACCUAUGUGGGAAGAUGAGCAUAACUGUCGAGGAGGUCGCUGGCUCAUCAACCUCAACAAACAGCAGCGUUCUUCAGAUCUUGAUAAUUUUUGGAUGGAAGUGCUCCUGUUAAUGAUUGGUGAAGCUUUUGAGGAUCACAGCGAGGAAGUUUGUGGUGCAGUUGUAAAUGUACGCAGUAAGGGAGACAAGAUUGGUGUGUGGACUGCAGAUGCGAAGAAAAAUGAAAGCAUUCUUAAAAUUGGGCAUGUUUUGAAAGAGCGUCUCAACAUCCCUCGGCAUGUGAACAUUGGUUUCCAAGCUCAUACUGACACAAUGAUAAAGUCUGGAUCUACGGCCAAGAACAGGUUCACUGUCUGACCUACAUUGUUACAUAGCCCGCUGUCCUAUGUGCGCGUUGCAGGCAUGGUAGUCAGAUGCUGUGCUGGCUCACGUCACAUAUUGUGGUGGAAAGAUUUUAUUUUGCAAGUGAAAUCUAGGUAGCAUUUCCAGAUGUGUGCAGCAUUUUCCAGUUUAGAAAAUGUCGCAAAACUAAAGAGAUACCUUGAUUUAUUGGCACAGAAUGGAUCAUGGAGGUUUAUGUACAUACAGAGCAUUAAUUCCUUUGCUGUGUACGAUGCUUGAUUUGCACUUGCUUAAACGUUAAGAAAUUUGUUGGUCAUAUAUUGGAGUCGGGCCAACAAAUGUGAAGUUAGGUAAAAUAUUGAAAAUGCACCAAUGACUUGAUAAAAGAAAGGCAAUUAUAAUUUGUUGCUAAACAUAGCAUGGACUACAUAACUGUUAUUGUUCACGUUGAUAAUGAACUUGAAAUCUUUGCUACAAAAUGUUUCAUCUUUUCAAAGCAAUGAUUGUAAGUGUGUGCUUGCUUUGUUGCCAUUGUGUGCACCAUUAUUGUAUUUUAUUUGGAAAUCAUUACUAGUUUAUUUAUAUACUGUAAUUCAAAUAUGGUUGGGGCAUUGUUUGAUAUGAAAGUUCACAUUUUUCAAUAUAAAAUUAUAAAAAGUAAAAAAGUUCUAGAAAGGGGAAGGGGGGGGAUUAGUGGAAAGUUAGAUAAAUAUGCAUUGUUAAAUCUUUAUCAAGUUCAUUUUACCCUGAAUUCUUUAUUACUUGUAAUAUGUAUAUUAAUUUAAAGAUUUCUGAAGGUAAUUUGUCAAUGAAACGUACCUGUGUUGUACAGUACUGUAUAAUCUUGUAGUGGCCAGGGAUAUGAUUUAGCAGUGGCACUGAGUAAUUUAUGUUGAGGUGGGUAGCGAGUAAGUUUCAGUGCAGGUGAAAGCUCGGAAAGAAAAGCUUGGCUUUUAGUUGAGCCCAAACUGCAACGAGAGUUGGCGGUGUCGUGUAGAAGCUGUUGUUGCCCAUGGUCAAAAAAAAGAAUUGUUGGUAAAUCACUGGUGGAUGGAAAAUUAAUAAUGGCUUCAUUAUAGAUAUGUUGGUUAUUGUAAAGGAUGAACUGAUAGUUGUUACACAUUGAUAUUUUGAUAUAUUUUUUCCAUUUCCUGUGAUUUACAUGUAAUGUGAUUAUUGCUCCUUGGUUGGCUUCUGUUAAUUUUGCUACUUUUUUUUUGCCUGUAACUUGAUAUUAAAUGUUGAUUGGCAUAUGACUUGGUAAUGGUUAUUGCCCCCUAACCCCAUCUUUUGUUGGAGACUUCCUUAUAACAAUGCAUCUUGGGUAAUAAAUUAGGAUUUUAAAAAUUUUGCAUAGGUAUGGAAAGAUUGUAUAUAAAGAUCUUUAAUGAUAAAGAACCCGUAGAUUUAUCUUGUGAUACUGCAUUGUUAUUGAAUAUGACGAGAUAAACUGCUGUCACCUCUGGUAGUAGAGCAGCAUCUUGACAUGACUCAGUGGAGCCAAACUUGGGGUAAGUCACUGUGAAUGAUACAGUGUAAUACAGCACCUAUUACUAGGAAAGGAAUGAAACCUGUGUGGAACCUCUGCAGUGUGACACAUUGUUUCAUAAAAUAAAAAGCCUUCCAAUUAAUGGUUUUAUAUCUUUCAGCUAAAGGUGUCUCGUUAUAUUAACUGUUAAAUUCUGUGAUAGACCUUAAUAUUAUUACAUGUAUAUAUGAGAGUUAUCAAGUUUGCUCUUUGGAGUCAUCUUUGAGGCUGAAUGCUUUAGUUUCCUAUACAGUAUUUAUUUUUUGUUUGCAUGCAAGCACUUGAGAUGCAGGUAUAUCCGAUUCAUUUUCAUGCAAAUGUUGCUGCAAAGUCAAUGAACUUGAUGAAAUUCCAGUAGGUAGGUAAUUUGCAUAUCCAUUUUUAUGAAUAAGAAUCGUGUAAAGGCUGAGCUAACAUAUCAUUGUGCCUGUGGUAGGGGGUACAGUAUUGUAGCAAAUGUUUUGUACAUGGAACACACACACAACAUGUAGGUAUGUUGAAUAUGGAAACUUAGUACAGUAUUUAAACAAAUUUGUUGGUCAUUACCUAGAAAUACAUUUUGGUAAAAUGGUUAAGCUUGAUGGUUACAAUUAUUAGUUCUGGGACAAAUUUAGUUGUUUGUUUAUCUAUUAUGUGAAAGUGGCUACUGGUUCUUCAAAGAUAAUUUGAGAAAUGCCCAGUUAUGAGUCCCCGUUCUCAAGCUUUACUUCAAAAUACAUAUUUUGUACUCUUUUAUUUGAUCUGAUUUUUAUUUGCCCUACUACUGUCCAAUUGAAUUAUUGGAUUACAAAGUGUUGGGUAAUUAGAGACAAUCUGAUCAGAAUAUAUAACCUCUAUCAGGGACCCAUAACUAGGAAUUUUGUUUUUAUCCUAAGCCUUUGCAAACUGUGACUUGAAAAGAGCAAUUGAUGUUACUUAUCGAUUUAUUAAGAGUUUCUAAAAGGUACUGCUAUUUCUUAUAAAACAUUAAAAUCAACUAAAAAUUGUAGAUCUAGAUAUCCUUUUCUAAUAAAUUUAGGUGUUAUAAGC